AUGCGUCUCAAUACUCUUUCCGUUCUUACUUUCAUCUCUACUGUUGCUGCCAUGCCGCCGGCUUUUGGCCACAGCAAUGGUAUGGGUAAUAUGGGCAACACCGAUGGCCUCUUCCCUGUGCCUGACGAUAUGACGAUCGACCAGGCGCAGGCCAAGUGCGGUAACGAAGCCCAGCUCUCUUGCUGCAACAAGGCUAGGUAUGCCAAAGACACCACGGAUGCCGAAAAAGGUAUCCUAGCUGGUGCUCUGAGCAACCUCAUUAGCGGUGGCUCUGCUUCUGAAGGAGUGGGUCUGUUCCAGGAGUGCUCGCAACUGGAUCUUCAGAUUCCAAUCCUCAUUGGCAUUCCGCUCCAGGACCUGGUCAAGAAGAAGUGCCAGCAGAACAUCGCGUGCUGCCAGAACUCUCCAUCUAGUGCAGACCACGAUGGGGUUGGCGCUGGUCUGCCUUGUAUCACUCUUGGUGCCCUGCUCUAA